ACUGAUUCAGAGUAAAACACUUUUAAUGUCAUUCUAGACGAGAGCAAACCAGGCAUCAAUUCAUUAGGGAUUCCUAUCAUUUUCUUACGAUGUGAAGAUGUGAAGACGAGCGAGGGAAUAAAAUUGAAUUUUGAAUGGCGAUCAGAAGUCCACUUUCUCCUUCUGACGUUAUAAUACAGUAAGUCCAAUCGUUUCCUUUUGUAAAUGGAUUAAUUUCAUUACAUCGGGUUAGGACUGUGAUGUAUGGCGGAGUAAUUAUUUUCCGGUAGUCGAACGGCUGAAUAGAGUGGAGACGCAGCGAGUAUCAAUAGAAACCGCGGGAAAAGGAAGCGACAAGACAAGCGCUCACCAGACUCAGAUCUUAUUUCCAGGAGUCCACGUCAAACGUCAUCCAAUAGAAAGGAGAUGGAAGGGGAUUAUUUCUCGUGUAAAGAAAAUUAAAACACUCAGAGGUGAAGGUCUCUCGGAGAAGAUAUUUUUGGCCAUGGGCGGAAAUGCAAACCUCGGUGUACUUCUGGAGAGAAAUUAUUGAGCUAGAUCAAACGAUAUCGACAAUUCACCGGCAAAAAGAGAACAACACCGCCGAUCAAAACAACAUUAAACGACUUAUUGAGUGACACUGGACUGACUUCUUGCCGUGACGUGAUAUAGACCAUACAAUAUGAACGCCAGCGACACGGGGAAUCUAUCGUCCACACACUUUCACUGGUCAGUGACGGACACCAACCCCUCCGGUGGGGGAACUAUGCUGUACAACAUGACGGACGAGGAGUACCUCCUCAGUAAGAUGGGGCCCCGGCGGAAGGACAUGCUCUCCGUGGUGUGUCUGCUCGCCAUCUACUGCUUCAUCUUUGUGACUGGGGUAGUGGGCAAUGUUUGUACCGCCAUUGUAAUCGUCAGGAACCGGUACAUGCAGACGACCACCGACUACUACCUGUGUAGCCUGGCCAUCUCCGACAUCCUCAUUCUGGUUUCAUGUCUUCCUUUUGAGGCCUACUCCAUUUGGCAGGCCUAUCCAUUCAGCUUUGGGGAAGUGUUCUGCAUCGGUAAAGCAUUGCUGACGGAAAUGACGUCAUACGCAUCAGUUCUGACGAUUACCGCAUUUACAGUAGAGCGAUAUAUCGCGAUAUGUCAUCCAUUGAUGUCACACAAAAUCGCGGACCUGAGACGGUCAGUUCUGAUCAUUAUAGGCAUCUGGACUGUGUCCUUUCUAAUUGCAUUACCUUACCCAGUACACACACGGACGUUAUUCUAUGAACAUAGUCCCACCACCGGGAAACCGCUGCACGACUCCCUCGUGUGUACAAUUCCACCGGAGUGGAUCUUUGAAAUGACAGUUAUGUUCCAAAUCUCCACAUUCCUCUUCUUUAUUGUGCCCAUGACUGCCAUUAUCAUUUUGUACGUUUUGAUUGCCAUAACUUUGCGACGGACGGCGUUAAACAGAGCAAACUCGGAAGAAUCCACAGGUGGACAUCAUUCCUCGCACACUCGGCGGGUCGUCCGAAUGUUAGUGGCUGUUGUGGUUGCCUUCUUUUUCUGCUGGGCUCCAUUCCACACACAACGACUGUACACCAUUUACCACGCCAAACAGUGGACCCCGUUUGAAUUAGAAGUACAAAGUCACCUGUUUUACAUCUCAGGUGUUCUGUAUUUCGUCGGUUCUACAGUUAAUCCAUUCCUCUACAACGUCAUGUGUAAGCGCUACCGCCAGGCGUUCAAGGAGACGCUGUGUUCUUGUUGUGGCCACCGGAAGUCUAAGUACCAGCGCAGCCUCAUAUACUAUUAUAACAACAUGAAGAGCACUGUCAGAAGCCAUUCAUCGCCAGAGAAUGACAAACAACCGGAAAAGACGAACUUAAACAAUAUCAACUCAGGGAACUCAAAGAGAGAGACUAACUACCCGGUGACGUCAAAAUUGUUGUCCAAUAGCGUCAAAUCGCACGCGGCUCAGCGCCAUGAACAAAAGUCACGUGACGGAAACUACGCUGACAAUGAAUAUCAUUCUGAUAACGAGGAUGUGAAACUGUUGACCUACUUACCUUUAAAUAAGGCCUCGAAUGUAGAUACGGUGGUGCCAGUCAAAUCCAAUGUGACCACGCCCACCUGCCUCUGAAUCAGAGAAGCAGGUGCGCGGGGAGUUGUUCAGACGGGUGUUACACAUAAACUGUGAACAAGUUUUUCCAUGUAAACCAAAAUUACUGGUGCAAAUAGCAGAGUAUUGCCAGAGAAAUAAAAACCAUGACCAUGAAAAAAAAUU